AUCACAAAUCUUUUGUUUACAUUAUGCAUGACAGAGGAAUUUUUGUGUUCGGCGCAGAUAUAAUUCAUACAGAUUCACGUGACAAUGUAUCUUCCCUGCCCUUGGAGUUGUCUUGGAGAAUAUUCUCGUUCUUAGACGGUACGGCAUUAAGAAAUGCGAGUUUUGCUUACAAAAAAUGGAAGAGGAUAAUAAUUUGUAACAAAAAAUUGAGAAGACGUCUGAACAGUUUCGAACUGUCCAUAGUUUUGGGAUCAAAGAGCCUUAUGAAGUUUCACAAGAAAAACAAAAAGAUUCUGAGGAGGGAAAGGAAGAAAAAUUAUCUGCCGAAGGGUGAAUGUAGUGCGCAGACAAUGAAAAUCACAGUUGUGAAAUCAAAAAGAGGCGGGGAUGACAUAUUUGUGCAUACUAAAAGAUUCAAAUUAUUUUAACCUGCUACGAGUAUAAUUAUGUGGCAUUUAACCUGACAAUAUUUGACUUAUGAGGACUUUCUCUAUCUCACUCUG